AUGGCGUCCCAGGCCAUCGAGUGCCACCGUGCUGGUGCAGAGGUCUUCACCAGAGACGCCACGUGCAGGAAGAAGUCCGUGGAGCUGCUGGAGGAGUUUGGCCUCCCCAACGGCAUCCUUCCAUUGGAGGACAUCCAGGAGUUCGGGUACAACCGCCACUCAGGCUUCAUUUGGCUGGUGCAGGGGAAGAAGGUGGAGCACACCUUCAAGAAGAUCAAGAAGACAGCGUCGUACGCCCCCGAGGUCACGGCAUUCAUCGAGAAGGGCAAGCUGGGGAAGAUCACUGGUGUCAAGAUCAAGGAGCUGAUGCUCUGGAUUAACAUCGUCGAGGUGUACGUCCCAGAGGCCUCGCCGGAGAAGGUCACCUCCAAGUCCAGCAGUGGUCUCUCCAAGACCUUGGAUGCCGCUGCCUUUGCACUUUGGGGAAUGAGGGAUCACCCAAUGAGACAGAAAAUUAUGGGCACGUGA